AUGGCGGCCAGCUCGAUCGAGGCACUCAUCGAGAAGCUCACGGCGGAAUCCGUUUUUGAAAUCAAUUGGGACGGUUUUGUCGAGCUCUCGGAUCGACUCAAGAAAGCGCCCGGUGUGCACAAGGAUGCGAUCAACACACUGAAGAAACGAUUGAAUAGCCGUGACCCACAUAUUGUGCAGAAUGCGAUCGAAUUGCUCGACUUUUUGUGGAAGAACGUGACGGCCGAGUUCCGUCAAGAAAUCAGCUCAAAGAAGACGAUUGCCGAAUUGCAAGCAAAAGCCACCUCGGCGGAAGCACAAACAGCGCGCAAAAUGCGUGAAAAGAUUAAGCAAUGGGCAGAAGAAGAGUGCAAGAAGGACCCGUCACUUUCGCUGAUCGAAUCACUCUACCGUGAGUUGGCCAAGAGUGGAUACGACUUCGGCUCAAAGGAUCCAUCAGCGGCGGUGGCUGAGAAGAAACGGAAAGAGGCUUUGCUGAAAGAGGAGGAGGAACGACAAUUGAUGGAAGCCAUUCAACAAUCAUUGAAAGUCUCAUCAACUUCAGCUGCAACAACGAAACGAUCGACUGCAUCAACACCGGCACCGGCGGCCCCUCAAACGGCAAAGCUCGAGAAACAAGUGCGUGCCGUUUAUGAUUUCCCAGCCGCAGAGGACAAUGAGAUGUCGUUUAAUACCGGAGAUGUGAUCACCGUUUUGGAUGAUAGCAAUCCUCAUUGGUGGAAAGCACGACUGAAUGGACGCGAGGGACUAAUCCCAGCACAAUUCGUGGAGGAUAUUACUGCUGCUACUGUUAAGAAGGAGAACAACCCUGUCGCGGUCGAGCCGGUGAAGGUGGAGAUUCGAGCGCAGAUCGAUGAGGAUGUUUUGCUGAGGACGAUCGAUGUGCUCCAACAAUGUGAUCCGUCAGGGCUUCGACCCGAUCCCGAAGGACUUGAUGAGCUUGAAGCCGCCUCUCUUGCACAGGCUCCACUUAUCAACGAGCAACUCUCGCAGAUCGAUCGACUCACAAAUAUGCUGACAAAGGUGGACAUGUCAAUCCGAAACGCUCUUGCCGAAUAUGACAACGCAGUACAAAACUCAGCCAUUUAUCAAGUUCCAACAUCAACAAUGGCCUAUCCACAGCAACAUCCAAUGCCACCAAAUAUGCCGAUGCAACAACAACAGAUGCAUCAAGUUCAGCAACAUCAACAGCAUCAGAUGCCUCAACAGCAACAAUGGAACAGCGCCGGACAAGUGCCCCAAGGAAUGAUGCAGCAGCCUCAACAGAGUGUGUCGCUGAUGGGUGGUCCUAUCACAUCUCAACAGCAACAACCACCACAGCCACUGCAUCAUCCACAACAAGUUCCCCCAUCUCUUCACUACACGAUGGCUCAACAACCACCCGCACAGCCCAUUCAAUCGCUCACUUCUCAACCUUAUUCAACAGGCUAU